CGUCGGGUGGUGGAGUCUGAUUGAAGCUGCUUAGUGAAGAAACUACAGCAGAAGGAAACACACAGUCCUUUUUUUUGUUUUGCCAGAACAUUCCCUUUAAAAUGGCGUACCACAGUCCGUACAGAGCUUCACCGCCAAACAACGUGGCUCAGGACCAGACCUUUCUGUGGAAUAUCUUCCAGAGGGUUGACAAGGAUCGGAGUGGCGUGAUAUCAGAUUCUGAGCUUCAGCAGGCCUUAUCGAAUGGCACAUGGACUCCUUUCAACCCGGUGACGGUGCGCUCCGUCAUAUCCAUGUUUGACAGGGAGAACAAAGGCGGGGUGAACUUCAGCGAGUUCGGCGGCGUGUGGAAGUACGUCACGGACUGGCAGAACAUCUUCAGGAACUACGACCGGGACAACUCCGGCUUCAUCGACAAGAACGAGCUCAAACUAGCUCUGACUGGAUUUGGUAUGCAGCAAAGCUACCGUCUAUCAGAUCAGUUCUACAACACACUGAUAGAGAAGUUCGACCGCCAGAGGAAAGGACAGGUGGCCUUUGAUGACUUCGUCCAGUGCUGUAUUGUACUACAGAGGUUGACCGACGUGUUCAGGCGUUAUGAUACAGACCAGGAUGGCUGGAUCCAGGUUUCAUAUGAACAAUAUCUAUCCAUGGUCUUCAAUAUAGUAUAACGCACAGGGAUCAUCACAAAAGAGCACAACUGGACACAACUGUGCCAAAGCUACCGGCACCUCCCAGAUGUCUGCCUUGGUGGACACUACAAGAUUUUUUUUUUUUUUUUUUUUUUUAAACCUAAUUUUUAGCCCCAGUUGGGCUGUUUCACACAAAUUUAUAAAAUACACACAAGAAAACGUAAAGGAACCUUCAGUUUUUUGAGGUUGUAAUACCCUCCAGAUGAAAGUAUUUGUCUGGAGGUACAACUGCCUGUGAAAAAAAAAAAAAAAUCUUGUAGCGUUUUGUUUGAUGACAAAUCUGAACUACGUCUGUGCUGGGGGUGGGAAACUUCAUGGACACAACCUGUCUUUCUGUCUGUCAGUCUGUCUGUUGUUAUCAACAAACUUUUCAACGUCUUAACUUUAAUUGAUACAAUUUAAAAAAUAAAUAAAUAAAAAAAAAAAAAAAAACUCUGUUGAGAGUAAAAAUGAUGCAUUGUAAAUAUGAUUUUAGAUGCAUUGCAUGCUUGCCAGGGAAAUUUAGCCCCACGUUGAAGCAUGCUUUCCCUUUCUCUCGUCUUUUCUUCAGCCCUAUUUUGCUCAAAGCCAUGUUUACAAAAGCGGUGAAAGCAGGUGAUGUGCUGCUUUGUGAUUCACUGACAUGCCAGCUUACAUGCCAUAUUUGUACAAACUUAUUUUUAACUGCAAAAUCAAAUGUUAGGCCAUUUAAUUUUUGGUAGAGGGUAAGCAUAAUGCCUUUUAGUGUGGCUUAUUUUUUGUGCAUGAUGCCUUAACAUGUGUAAAAAGAACACGAAAGAGAAAUCUUUUAUUAAAAAAAUAAAGAAAAUCGGGUGUGGAGUUUUGUUUUUUAAAAUCAUUUAUAGGAGCGUAGAGUUGCAUUGCAGACGAAACUCUUGACCUGCAGAGCGGCUCAAUGUCGCCCUCUGCUGUACGUCGGUAGUUUCUACCACCGCAAUGCACCAACACGAGACCCAGAACCGUUAGUGCAUUGUUCUUGUUUCUGUGGGGGAGUAUAAAAGUGUUGCACCUGCAUAUAAGCUAGCUAGCAUGCUGCAAAAAUAGGAGAAAACGCUACUUUUUGUUUUUGAGUGAUGUUAAUGUCAUUUGUGAAAUGUGCUGGCACUUUGUGUAUAAAUUACGUUUUGUAGGAGUGAGUGUUAUGGCGCUAAAACGGACUUUGACCUAUGUUAUGGGCUCAGUUACCUGUCAGUAAAACAUUUAAAAACUC